GUCACGGGUGGCUUGCCUGACAGCGGCGAUCUUUCCGUGGCACCCGGUCCUAUGACAUCGAUGCAUCAGACCUGUAGAUGCCUAUUUUUGGUAUACCCAAUUCGGAAACCACGAACACAUCUAGACGGAGGACAUCAUAUGGAUCAAGCGGUGUGGGAUUCUAUUGAGCGAGCAGGAGCGACUGAAAACAUAUAAAUGCCUUCGUCUCUCCAGGUCACUUGAGAAACAACACAACCCUCUAACCAGCAUCUUCUCAACUUCACAUUGACAAGAAGCCUCUUCGAAAACAUCUCAUACCAAUUCUAACAAAGCAUUCUAUCAAAAUGAAGACCUCUUUCAUCACCGCGGCUUGCUCUACCUUCGCUGCUCUGUCCAGCGCCGCUCCCACUGAUAGCUCAACCUUCGAAGUCGCCAUCACCUUCUGGGGCGCCGACGGUUCCUCGUUCUCUCAAAGCUUCCCAGCUGAUGAUACGACUCAUGCAAUCACCAACCCACUGUCAAUUACCAAGAUUUCCUCUGUCGGAGGCGGAUUCUGCUCUUUCCAGGGAGUUGAUGGCAGCAGCACUGUGGUGGCUGGUGAAGUGACUGUGCCUGUCAGCCCACCACAGACCCAGGUAUCUGGAACCUGCGAUAUUCUGUGAACGACGAGAAAAAGCUUCCUAUUGAGAC